UCAUUGGCCGGGCGGGGGCGCUGCCAUGUUGGAGCAAGCGGUGCCUUCUGUGCGGUGGAAACGCCAUGGCUUCAGCGCAGACUCCUACCUUUCUUCCUCGCUCGAGUGUCGGUGCUGAGAGGCGGCGGUCGGCGGGAUGGAGAUAAGUAAGAUGAACCUGCCCAAGGGGCCGGACACGCUCUGCUUCGACAAGGACGAGUUCAUGAAGGAAGAUUUCGACGUCGAUCACUUUGUGUCUGACUGUAGGAAGCGUGUCCAGCUGGAGGAACUAAGAGGAGAUCAGGAACUCUACUAUAAACUUCUUAAAAUAGCCAUGGUCGAGCUCAUCAACAAGGAUUAUGCAGAUUUUGUCAACCUUUCCACAAACUUGGUUGGCAUGGACAAAGCCCUCAGUGAACUUUCUGUGCCUUUGGGACAGUUACGAGAAGUUCUGAGUCUCAGGUCAUCAGUCAGUGAAGGAAUUCGGGCAGUAGAUGAACUAAUGUGUAAACAACAGGACAUAAGGAAGAAAAAGAUGUGUGUGUUGAUGCUUAUACAAGUUAUUUGAUCAGUUGAAAAGAUUGAAAAAAUCUUAAAUUCACAAAGUUCUAAAGAAACCUCUGCACUAGAAGCAAGCAGCCCUCUCUGGACUAGAGAGAUUUUGGAGAGAAUUGCCACAGAAUUUAACCAGUUACAGUUUCAUGCUGUUCAGAGCAAAGGCAUGCCUCUUCUGGACAAAGUAAGACCACGUAUAGCCCACAUUACGGCCAUGCUGCAGCAGUCCCUGGGAGGCCUGCUGCUAGAAGGGCUUCAGACUUCCAAUGUGGACAUCAUACGGCACUGCCUCCGGACUUAAGCUACAUUUGACAAGACACGGGAUGCAGAGGCGUUCGUUGGUCAAGUACUGGUGAAACCGUACAUGGAUGAGGUGAUUGUAGAGCAGAUCGUUGAGUCUCAUCCGGACGGCCUGAAGAUCAUGUAUGCUAAUAAGCUCCUGGAGUUCGUUCCUCACCACUGCCGCCUUCUUCGAGAGGUCACAGGAGGAGCCAUCUCAAGGGGUAUUGAAGCGAGACUGAGUCACCACCUGACCCCAGGAAUGAACCAGCGAGGCGGGCUCCUUAUUAGAGCAAGGCUCCCGGAAGCCAGAUAGCCCUUGUGCUUGCAAGAGCUCAAGGCACAGCCGGUUGUGGAGCACCGAAGCAGCAGCAGCCACAGCAGCCACGGGAAUCGUGACCCUCCGGCCGGGCGCCUACCUAGAAUUUCCGCAGCGCCUGGUUCAGAACCACCGGGGCGGACAGCUCCCCGCCGCCGCCGGCGCCGACUGCGGAAGGGGACCGAGAGCGCGGGCUUCACGCUCCGUGAGCCGGCUCGGGCGGCGGGAAGACCGGCUGCGUCCCCCCCACAACCCCCG